AUGGCUAACUCACAUAACGUCAAGAACACUCCGCAUUCAUCUUGCCAGUUGCUGCGCAAGUCGGAUCUGGAACCCUGUUUCUGGAUAAACCAAUAUGUUCAGACUGGUUACCGGCCGACACAUCUCUCCUCGACGCAGACACUUCAGUGGAAUAACGAGACGAUUAACAUUUGGACUCAUUUAACUGGCUUCUUUUAUUUCACGUGGCGUCAGUAUGUUGCAAACAUAUGCUUCCUUCCGGCAACAAAUGCCUUCCCAAGCGACUAUCUUAUUGUUACCGCAUGCUUACUGGGCUUUCAGGUUUUCUUUAUCUCCCCUUCUUUCAAAUCUUACAAGUCCGAGCUCUGA